GAAUUAGCGACACUUGCAUCAUAGAACACUUAACAUCGAAUGUAAUAGAAAAUCUGAUUGGUAGAAAUAAGUUUAUAAAGGAACGAACGUUUCAGUAAUAAAUAAAUUUACUGACGUUGUUAUCGUGUUGAAGGUCGUUUGAGUUUGCAAGCAAAACCACGUGGAGUGACCUUGUGUCUGUUAUUGUGUUCUUUUAUGGUCGAUCAGAAUGUUGUCGUUGAGGAGAUCACUGAAAAUAGUGUCGUAUGCCCUCAAUUCAAGGCAAGCAAUCCAUUGCUCUCCAGUUCCGUUCUGUGAAUGCAAACCACCAAACCAAUUUGAUGUUAAAAUGCUGGAUAUUUUAGUGUGUCCUCUAUCAAAGAAACCUUUGAGGUAUGAUGCUGAGAAUGAAGAACUUGUCUGUGAGGAGCUCCACGUCGCUUAUCCAAUCAUAGAUGGCAUACCAAAUUUGGUACCAACAGAUGCUCGCAUGUUAAACCCACAACAACAGGAACAAUAACAGCGUGCUUAUUUCAUCAUAGUCUUUCCUGACAAACCAAUAACAUUAUGGGGACAUAAACAAACCAACACUGGUUGUCCAGGAUUGUGUCGGGCAUUGUGUCACAGAGACACACACGCACGUAUCUACCAUGAUCACCAAACGGAUUCACUUUGCUUGAAUUUACAUUGAUGGCACGAAUGAUUUUAAGUGCAGUUAUUUUACACAUCUGAGCUCUUUCUCAUGUUAUGCGAGAAAACAAUUUACCUCCCUCUCACCCAUAGCUGCUAUCUCAAGACUGAGGACAUACCCUAUAACCUGUCCUGGUCCAUAGUGAACUCAAUAAGAGCUGGCUUAACCCCCUCCCAGGUGAAUGCCAUGACAAAGUGCAUUAUGUCACCGGAUAAGUUUUCUCCCCUGUAGUAACAUGGUUAGGGGGAAACAACUCUGGAGAAAAUACUGUCAGCCAAAUUAUAAAAAUUUAAAAAAAUCUGGUUACAAAAAUUUUUAUUGGAAAAAUAAAUGGCUUUUUGAAUUUAAAAAAAAAUUAGAAA